AUGUUCGACAAAGUCGCUAAUCUAUUUAUCAUCGUUUUCUUCUUCAACGAAAUUAUUCAUUUAGUCAAUAGUCAAUGUCCGCCUGAUUUUGUGCUCAACCCAUGUUCAUGUAAAUCAUCAAUACCAUCUCAUACUAAUAUAUUAUUUAAGAAUCCCAAUCCUGAAACAAAUAUUAUACAACGAAAAUCAAUUGCAUGUGAACAUAUACAUAAUUCGUCGUUUGAUUUACAAUUAGUAUUUUUAACACUUAGCUCAUUUAAUAAUCUAAUAUCCAAUCAAACUGCUAAUGUGUCUAAUUUCGAUAGUUUCUAUUUAUAUAAUACAACAGUGAAAGAACUACCUGAAAAUGUUUUCAUUAAUAUAACAUUUAAAAGUUUAAUGUUUCAAGACAAUUUUCAAUUGACAACAAUAGAUAGAAAUGCAUUUUCUUAUUUUAAAAAUCACGUCGAAUUAUUUGAAACUUUAAAUACAAAUUUAUCUGAUGCGAAAACAAUAUUUUCAAUAAUAAAAGAAUUUCAGAAUUUGAGUCACCUCAGUAUGCAUAAUGAUCGUUUAAAAUUUAUUCCAAAUUAUGCAUUCAAUCAUAAACAUUUAACUAAUAUAUUUUUCGGUCUUGAAUAUUCAGACAAAUAUCAACCAAUUGAAAGCAUUGGCAAUUAUGCCUUCUACAAUCUACCAAAUUUACAAUUUUUACGCAUAUUUUCGCCGAUACUAUCAAGAAUAAGCAAAUAUGCAUUUGCUCUACGAAAUCGAUCGAUACUAAACAAUGGCGUAUCGAAUAUGUUAGAAUUAUAUCUGGGUGGAGAAAUGAUAGAGUCAACUAGUUUUGAAAUAACAUCGUUGAGUCGUUUUCGAAAUCGUUUUGUAUUUAUUCGUUUCUACAAUACAAGUAUAACCUACUUAGAUGAAGAUAUUUUUCAACCUUUUCUGGAAUCAAAUCCAUCGUCAUUACUUGAUAUUAAUCCAACGAAUACUUUAUUCAAAUGCGAUUGUCGUUCGGCAUGGAUUCAAUAUGAUUAUUUUAAAAACGUUUAUCCAAUGGAUAACAGAGUCUAUGGCUAUCCAUGCUGGGACCACGAUUUUACCAAGAAUUGCACAAUUAAUAAAUAA